ACCACUGCUACUCUAUAUAGUAAUAUACAUGAUGAAAGAAUCUAACGGCCUCAAUUUUCCAAGUUUUUCAUAUAUAAUAGCUACCGGCCGCUACCGAUGAUAUAUGUAUAUCUUUGAAUUGUAAAUAAUGGGGAUCUGUUUCGCGAAGCGGAAGAAAUCGACGGCAGAUAUAGUGCCGCAAAAACAACUGACGACAACAGUCCGACUGUACGGCUCUCCCAGCAGCACAAACUACAUCCGAUUUGCCCUCAAAUACAAGGAGGCGGCUGUCUCACUUCGCUGCGUGGUGGUAGCCAGAUCUAACGACGACAACGACGACAACGACGACAACGACGCAACGACGAAAACGACGAAGAUUAUAGAAACUUGGAGGUGGCGAUGGAGGUGGAGGAGGGCGGGUCAUCGUCGGAUCCAGCUGAGAGGGUUUCAGGGCCACCCAAUACUCUGCUGCAGUUGAUGGAGGCCAGAUUCCCUCAUCCGCCGCUUCUUCUUCAAACGGGGUCGUCCUCUGAAACCCAAACGACGUCGCUGGUGGCGGCGGUUGUGAAGCUGACUGAGCUGCAACACAGGAGCCUGGCGUGGCACUUGGAGAGGUUGGUGAGGUGGGUUAUGGAUCUGUUGAAGCGUCCGGGUAAAGGAAGAGGAGGGGUGGUUGAUCCGACGGUGGGGAGUGCUCGGAUGGAGUUAAGGAAGCUGGGGAGGAACUACUCGCAGCUUUUGGAGCUGAUGUUGGAACACGCUCAGAUGGAGGAGAGACUCCUCUUCCCCAUCUUCAACUACUGUGAUCCAGGAAUCUGUAAAGCUGCGAAUGAAGAACACGCAAGGGACCUACCCAUCAUGAACGGCAUCAAAGAAGACAUCAAAUCCAUUGAGGUUCUUGACAUUGGGAGUCGUUACUACAAAGAAGCUCUUUCUAACUUUUCUAAGCGCCUCAAUUCACUACAGGAGCGUUAUAGACAACACUUUACGGAGGAGGAAAGAGAAGUAUUGCCGUACAUGGAGGCAGCCGAGCUGAGCAAAGAGCAGCAGCAGAGACUAUUGGACGAGUGUUUGGAUGUGAUGCAACAGUCACACUCAUCGCAUUUGUUCAAUUUUCUCCUUGAAGGGCUACUUCCUUGUGAAGCCAUGCACUACUUGGACUUGAUCUCCAUGUCCACCAACAAACAACGAACAACUUCUCUGCUUCACAUGAUCAUUUAGCUACUUAUAACAUCUUCCUCGUGCAUAUUUGUUGAUAAUUUGUUUUUUUAAUUUUUCUUUUUUAUGAUUAUAUAGCACGAACAAUAUUUCAUUGAGAAAGUUGGUGAGACUUACAUAAACUUGUGCAGUUCGAGACUUACAUAGAUAACUAGCCACAAACUCAGAUAUGCCCCCUAUCGAUCUUGUU